AUGAGGUUCACAACCGGGCACUCCUCCGGCAUAAGGGACAUACUCCAUGAAGAAACAUCCAAGCUUCGUGCAGAGUUUGAUCGUGCAAGACUUGAGUUUGGCAUACGCGACGAGGUGCUUGAGGAGCCAGCAGUCACAUUCGACGGAAGCGACGCCUCGAUGGAUAGCAGGAGCUCGUCGUCGUCGGAAAUCUUUCGCCACGGCAUCCUCAAGCCUCAGUAUUCAUCAUCCUCUGCUCAGCAUUCCUAUCCACUGAAUGACCUCAGAGGAAGAGCUGACACCAGCGCUCCGCUGGAGUCAUUCUGCUGGCCUGAUUUAUACCAGACCCUCGGCGACAUGGCAGAACCCCCGGGGAGAAUGCGCGACAUGCCCUCGACCGCCAGGCAGCCGUCGGAGAGAAGACCAGCUCGACAUGAAGAGGAAGCAGCGCGACUUCACAGCGCUCACUUUGAGCCUUCGAGACAACCCGCGGUGGGGUAUUCCGUGAUGAGCCCGCGAGAUCGGUACGAGAGUGCGGCCGUGCUCUACAAAGAGUCGCAGAACCUCAUGAAGUACCUCGCCACCAUCUCCUCCGCUGCGGCCCGUCUCCAGCAUGCGGUGGUCCGUCAGCAGUCGGAGUCUGUCAUGUAUCAGGAUGAAGACGACUGCCCCUCUCCCGCAGCAUGCCGAUGCCGAAACAAACUUGGGCUGGAGCCUGUGAGCCAGCCGAGCCCAAGGCUGGAGCUGCUAUGGAGCGAAGAAGUUCUCUUUCCCUCUCCAACCGCACACAGGGCUCAGCCAAAGCACUUUGAGACCGUCCUUCCUCCUCAGAGCAGAAGUGUUGGUACACAGGUCAGUGCACAGGCAGCUCCCUGUUCAAGGCCUCCUGCUCGCAAUGCGGACGAUCAUCAUUCUCGGAGAAGAAUUGAAGCAAGAACCAAGACAGUGCGCGUCAAGGAUGUGGCAGUUGAAACUGAACCUCUCGCUGAACCCGAUGAGCCUGAAGCACAUCUCUCUGCGCCCCGCAGACAAGUGCACCGUCAAAGUGCAGACACUUCUUGCCAAACCGAUCGGAUUUGUCAGACCGAGCCCAAGGAAAUGUCGGCGAGGUGCAGACUUGGAAGUGGAAUCGCGGAGUCUUCCAAACACAAACAGCACGAAGAAUCGAAUCCGGUGCAGCAUCGGAAGCUUGCUAAGUCACAGGAAACACAUGCGUCUGCUCGUAGCAAGAAGAUGAAGAGAAUUCUGAUUAGAAGGCUAAACGAGAUCAACAACAGUAUCACGGCAUGCAUCAAUUCGUUUGAUGGCAUGUCGAACACCACAAGCCUUGAAGACAUGCAAAAUCUUGAGGUCAAGAUUGAGUCAUUGCAAUCAGAAUACUCGCAAGUUUGUCAAGUACUGGAGGAGCUGGGUGUGGAUGUGAAUAGAGAGCAGAGCGGUGGUUAUGACAGCGACAGCGACAACUGA